UUCCGGUGUUCGGAGUUCUCGCAGUCUUUAGCGCAGGCCUGCUCGAGUCAUGCUGCGAAAUGCUGGAAGAGCGCCACGAGGAGUACCGCCGGUUCCACUGGUACACGCAGUACUCGGACAUCGCGAACAGAGCCGUGGGACCAGGGCUAUCGAAGGUUGUGGGUGCCCUGCGAUUGCUCUGCGUCGUGGGACUUUGGGCUUUGCUCAUUGUGAUCGCAUCGGCCACUAUGGUUGACUUCGUGGCCCUCAUCCUACCAGUGCCCGUACCAAGGGGACACUUAUACUGCGGCUUCGUUGUUGGCUGCGGAGUGCUGUUCGUUCUCUCCAGUGGUACCACGGCAACCUACUGCCGAUACUGGUGCGGCGUGGUAAACACCCCGGUGGCUGUGGUGCUGACGAUUCUGUUGCUCACGGGUAUCGCGGGCAAUAAUAAGAUGGCUACCGGAACCGGAGAGGCAAUGUUUACCAUAAAGCUGUUCGACCUCGGCUCUCUCAUCGGCGACGUCUCUGGCCUGUCCAAGGGCGUCAAGGACGUUACCAGCGCCCUAUACUUUGUCAGUCUCGGGAUCUUGGCCUUCAAUUUCGCCGGCGUGUGCGAAUUCACAAACAUUCGACGUGACAUGAAGGCACCGCCUUCUUUCACCAAGGCUGCUGCCUUCGGAGUCGCAGGAAGCACGCUGGCUUUUUUCAUCGUUGGCGUAACUGCCUGCGCUGUCCUUUACCCAUUCAACGGAAACGUCGUGCUGAUCUUCAACACACGAAAUGUCCGGAUCGCUGCCCACUUCUUCACUGUGACGUGCUUCGAUCAGUUGACGAACCUCAGCGACCUCAUACUGGGAGAAUACGACCGCGUAGAGGAUUACGGAAAACGCUUGGCCUGGAGGCGUGCCCGAAUAUCGGCUCCGCUUGCCUUGUGCGCCGGUGGAAUUGCCCUGGCCUUGCCAUACGAAGGACCCUUGAUGGGACUCGUUGGGUCCCUUGCGCUCUGCCCUGUGGCGUUCCUGCUGCCUCCCGUGUUCUACUACAAGCUGUGCCAGGGAUCGGAGCAGUGGCCAGAGAAGCCCCUGAGCACGAGAAUGAAGAUCGGCCUCGCAUUAGCCAUUCUGUGCGGCCUUUUCGUGUUCAUCGGCGGAACGGUGGCGUCGAUCAUUCAGCUGGUGAAUGAGUACGGCGCGGAUGAACAGUCCUGCUUCCGGGGCUUCUGCUACGACCAAAAGUUCGCACUGACGCCGGCGUCACUUUCCCUUCUCGAUAUAUUCACCAGCGGCGGGAACGUAGACCCCAAUUGGGGUAAAUGCAGCACGAAAUACUGAACUACGUUGUAAAUAAAUUAUUGACGAUUA